AGAGGCUGAAGAAGGAGGAGAAGACCCGGCAGGAGCUGGAGAAGGCGAAGAGGAAGCUGGAGGGAGAGACUACCGACUUUCAGGACCAGAUCGCCGAGCUGCAGGCGCAGACGGAGGAGCUGAAAGUUCAGCUGGGCAAGAAGGAGGACGAGCAGCAGAUGAUGCAGGCGAGAGGCGAGGACGAGGUGAGCCAGAAGAACAACGCUCUGAAGCAGGUGAGGGAGCUGCAGGCGCAGCUGUCUGAGCUGCAGGAGGACCUCGAGUCAGAGAAAGUGGCCCGAAACAAGGCCGAGAAACUCAAGAGGGACCUGAGCGAAGAGCUCGAGGCCCUGAAGACCGAGCUGGAGGACACCCUCGAUACAACCGCCGCCCAGCAGGAGCUUAGGACAAAGCGUGAACAGGAGGUCGCAGAGCUGAAGAAGACCAUCGAGGAGGAGACUAAAAACCACGAAUCUCAGAUCCAGGAGAUGCGGCAGAGGCACGGCACCGCCUUGGAAGAGCUGUCGGAGCAGCUGGAACAGGCCAAGAGGUUCAAGGCCAACCUGGAGAAAACCAAGCAGAGCCAGGAGAGCGCCAACAAGGAGCUGGCCAGCGAGGUGAAGGGGCUGCAGCAGGCCAAGACCGAGUCCGAGCACAAGAGGAAGAAAGUGGAGGCGCAGCUGCAGGAGUUCAUGGCCAGAGUCACCGAGGGGGAGCGGGCCAAGGGAGAGCUCGCCGACCGCACGCACAAACUGCAGACUGAGUUGGACAAUGUGUCCACCAUGCUGGAGGACUCAGAGAGGAAAGGUAUCAAGAUGACCAAAGACAUCUCUGGACUAGAAAGUCAGCUGCAGGACACACAGGAGCUGCUCCAGGAGGAGACGCGUCAGAAACUGAACCUCAGCAGUCGCAUACGCCAGCUGGAGGAGGAGAAGAACGCUCUGCAGGAGCAGCAGGAGGAGGACGAGGAGGCGCGCAAGAAUCUGGAGAAGCAGAUGCUGACCGUGCAGGCUCAGCUGUCAGAGAGCAAGAAGAAGCUGGAGGACGACGCUGGAAUAAUAGACGGGCUGGAGGAGAUGAAGAAGAAGCUGCAGAAGGACCUGGAGCUGACCGGCCAGCGUCUGGAGGAGAAGACCAUCGGCUUUGAGAAGAUGGAGAAGACAAAGACGCGUCUGCAGCAGGAGCUGGACGAUCUGACCGUGGACUUGGAUCACCAGAGACAGAUCGUCUCCAACCUGGAGAAGAAGCAGAAGAAGUUUGACCAGAUGCUGGCUGAGGAGAAAAGCAUCUCGGCUCGUUACGCUGAGGAGCGUGACCGCGCCGAAGCCGAGGCCAGGGAGAAGGAGACCAAAGCUCUGUCCUUGACCAGAGCUCUGGACGAGGCGCUGGAGGCCAAAGAGGAGCUGGAGAGGAUCAACAAGCAGCUUCGGGCAGAAAUGGAAGAUCUGAUGAGCUCCAAGGACGACGUGGGCAAGAACGUGCACGAGCUGGAGAAGUCCAAACGCACUCUGGAGCAGCAGCUGGAGGAGAUGAAGACUCAGCUGGAGGAGCUGGAGGACGAGCUGCAGGCCACCGAGGACGCCAAGCUGCGUCUGGAGGUCAACAUGCAGGCCAUGAAGGCUCAGUACGAGAGAGACCUGCAGGGCCGCGACGACCAGAACGACGAGAAGAAGAGAGCUUUGGUCAAGCAGGUGCGAGAGAUGGAGGCAGAGCUGGAGGACGAGAGGAAGCAGAAAUGUUUGGCCGUCGCUGCUAAAAAGAAGCUGGAGAUGGAUCUGAAGGAUAUCGAGGGUCACAUAGAAGGAGCCAACAAGGCCCGAGACGAAGCCAUCAAACAGCUGCGCAAACUACAGGCCCAAAUGAAGGACUACCAGCGCGAGUUAGAAGACGCCCGAUCUUCCAGAGAUGAUAUUUUUGCCAUAUCCAAGGAGAACGAGAAGAAGCUCAAGAGUCUGGAGGCUGAGAUUGUACAGCUGCACGAGGACCUGGCAGCGUCUGAGAGGGGUCGGCGCCACGCAGAGCAGGAACGAGAUGAGCUGCAGGACGAAAUCUCAAACAGCACCUCUGGAAAGUAAGUUACCCUCGCUGAA